UAUCUCUGUGGCUUGAGCUUUGUCAUGCUGGAAACGGGAAAGCUAUUUCCAACAAGGUUGGUAUUAUGAUUAUAGUCAGCUAGACAAGUUGUGCAAGGUUACCUUAGCUAGCUAGGUUUUAGUCCUAGCCACCAUCCAUCUACACGGGCGUUUCAAAUCAUCUCUGCUGUACAUGGUGAUUUCAUCAACCGAGAAAGGACAGGUAGGACCGAUCAGCUAACCAGGCGUACCUGUUACGAUAACCUGGGGAAACAUCGCCACCUGGGGAAACACGCCACCUGGGGAAACACGCCACCUGGGGUAACAUCGCCACCAGGGGUAACAUCGCCACCUGGGGUAACAUCGCCACCUGGGGUAACAUCGCCACCUGGGGUAACAUCGCCACCUGGGGUAACAUCGCCACCUGGGGUAACAUCGCCACCUGGGGUAACACGCCACCUGGGGUAACACGCCACCUGGGGUCAUCAGAGGUCAUCAGCGAAGCGUCGUAACUCUGAAGUUGACAGCUUUGAUGCAGUACAGGUCCAGAGGUCCAAGAUGACAGAAGAGGUGAUUGUCAUCGCCAAAUUUGACUACCUGGCUCAGCAAGACCAGGAGUUGGACAUUAAGAAGAACGAGCGGCUGUGGCUGCUGGACGACAGUAAGUCCUGGUGGAGGGUCCGCAACGCCACCAACAAGACCGGCUUCGUACCCUCCAACUACGUAGAGAGGAAGAACAGCGCCAGGAAGGCAUCCAUCGUCAAGAACCUCAAAGACACACUAGGCAUUGGGAAGGUGAAGCGGAAAACGGGGAUGCGUGACACUGCCUCCAACGCAGACGCUGACAUGUACUCCGACAACGGCGAGCGCCUGUACGACCUCAACCUGCCGGCGCUCGUCAAGUUCAGCUACACCGCCGAGCGGGAGGACGAGCUCUCGUUGGUCAAGGGCACCCACGUUAUCGUCAUGGAGAAGUGUAGCGACGGCUGGUGGCGUGGGGGGUACCAGGGGCGUUCCGGGUGGUUCCCCUCCAACUACGUGACAGAGGACGCAGACGGGACAGCGGGGGGAGGAGGUUUGGGAGACCCGGCAGGGUCGCUGACGGAGAAGCUAGCGGCAGUAGUUCACAGUGUGUCUAACGGGAACCGGGUACUCCACACGGUGCAGGCGCUGUACCCUUUCAGCUCGGGGAACGACGAGGAGCUCAACUUUGAGAAGGGAGAGGUGAUGGAGGUGGUAGAGAAACCAGACAACGACCCUGAGUGGUGGAAGUGCCGUAAAGCAGAUGGACAGCUGGGACUAGUGCCUAAGAACUACGUCACUGUGCUGCCUCCCCAGCAGGACUCUACUACCCAGAAUGCCUCACUGGGCCCCGCGGGGCCGCCCACGCCCGACUGUGACUACAUCUCUCCGGCCACGGUGGGGCGGUUUGCUGGGAAGCCGUGGUACUAUGGCAAGGUGACGCGUCAUCAGGCAGAGGUGGCUCUCAACCAGAGAGGAGUGGAGGGAGACUUCCUCAUCAGAGACUCUGAGUCAUCGCCCAGUGAUUUCUCCAUCUCUCUGAAGGCCCAGGGGAAGAACAAGCAUUUCAAGGUUCAGUUGAAGGAUGGUUUGUACUGCAUUGGCCAGAGGAAGUUCAGUUCUCUGGAGGACUUGGUGGAUCACUACAAGAAGGCUCCCAUCUUCACCAGCGAGCAGGGAGACAAGCUCUACCUGGUUAAGGCCCUGGCUGCCUCUUGAUCACACACUCUUAAACACACACACACACACACACUGACAAACUUUUACACAUCACAAGGACUUCCUAUGAGCCGGGAGCCGUGAUCAUUCCAUUAGGAAAGGGGGAGGAAGAGAGAAGUGGAGAGGGAGAAAAGGACAUUGGACUCUCCUUUAUGUAAAUCAUCCUAUCUUACCCAGAUCAUGCGUUUACUUCUUCUAGGUCAUAAUGCCAUCUUCUAGAUAUAGGCUGUUUCUGUUUAUAAUAUAUAUAUAUAUAUAUUAUUUUAAGUUUCUUUAAAAAAAAAAAAAGGUGAUGUUUUGAACUCAAACAACAAGGAGUCGUAGUGAUGAGGCGGUUUGGUCGUUGGUCGACGAUCCAGAAUGUAGCCUAGCUACACAUUUCAACAGACUUGUUGUGUCGUUGUCGGUCUUAACUCUUUCAACGUCGUACAACAACUGAUAUGUGGUGGACAAUAAUCAGACUUCUCCUAACUGCUCAACCUAAAUAAAAAUGAUUAAGUGA